GACAUUGACCUGACAGUUUCUUACGCCGGCGAGCGAAACUGUUUACAGAGCUCGACGAAAGAAAGAAGACAACUUCUUUUUUGUUUUCAUCCACCUGUGAGGAGGCUGCGACGACCAUGGCUAUGCAAUCUGGAAUUGGUUUAUCAAAGAUUUUGCUUUUAGCUGGAGCAGGUUAUACUAGUACGAUUCUGGUUAAGAAUGGGAAGAUGUCUGAUAUUUUGGGUGAGCUACAGUCUUUGGUUAAGCGGUUUGAGAAAUCUGGUGAUCAUAUUGAUGAUGAUUCUGAUGGCAUGACUACUCAGAUGCAACGAUUAGCAAUGGAGGUUCGGCAGUUAGCUUCAUCUCGGCAGAUAACUGUAGUGAAUGGAGGUCAAGGAGCUGACUAUACACCGUUUAUUGUCCCGGCAGCGACUUUGGGAGCUUUAGGCUAUGGUUAUAUGUGGUUCAAGGGGAUUUCAUUCUCUGAUAUCAUGUGCAUAACAAAGCAGAACAUGGACAAUGCUGUGGCGAACUUGACAAAGCAUUUGGAUACCGUUUCAGAAGCUAUUUCCAAUGCUAAGAAGCACCUGAGUCAGCGGCUUCAGAAAGUGGACGAUAAGCUGGAUGUGCAGAAAGAUCUUUUAAAGGGAGUCCAGGAUAAUGUGGGUUUGGCUCUUGAGGAUCUUGCUAACAUUGGAGAUGACUUUGACGCAAUGCAUAGCCUCUUUGGUGGAAUGGGUGGAAAAUUAGAUAGCAUUGAGUACAAGCAGAAUAUUGCAAAUAUGGGUUUGAUGUAUCUGUGCGACUCUUUGGGUGGAGAAAAUCACAAGAUGCCAGAUAUAUUGAUACAGGAGAAACUUCGGCUUUCAGGGAAGUCAACCACAUGUAUAGUACUUACAAACGAAGAAGCUUCAAGCUCAGAGGGUUUAAAAGAAAGCGCUAAGAUAGAGCUACUAGAUGACUGCUAAUUCAGAUGCAAGAAGACACGAGUCUGAUAGCAUAAACCAGACAUCAUUGACGAGAAUGACCCUGGAUUUGGGUAGAAAGAAGGUAUAGGAUUAAUAGGAGUGAUUACUUUA